AUGAUCCAGUACAACCUCGGGUGUCCCUUACCCGAUUGCAAAUGUGGCGCACCAAAUUGCACAGGAACUCUGGGUGCGACAACCAACGCAUCAGCCCAUGAAAAAACCGAAGUGGAGUCCAACUCAAGUGAAAAUGGCACUAAAAAGCGAAAAAAGCGGUCGGGUAAAGCAGUCCUACCACAAGAACCACCCGAGAAGAAAACGAAAUCGUGGUCUCGUAGAAGAGGCAUCAAGGUCCGGUGUUUCAAGCCGUCCCAUCCACUACAAAAGAACGGAGAUGUAACGCUGAAUGGACAGCUCAACAAACCAACUGUGACAUUCCGUAAGGCAUCGUCUUCUUCGAGAUCUGAGAGAAAAGAUCGAGAUUCUCCGAAUUCAGUACGACGGUCAAGAAAUCGAAGACCGAAAAAAACAUUGAACGGAUUGAGAGGGUUGAAACGAACCCGACAAAUAGCUGUGGAAUUGUCUCCGUCAAAUGUUAUUGUGUAG